AGAAAUGGAGGCAUACAUUAUGAGGGCUGCAGAGAGACGUGUGUUGUCUUCAGGACAAAGCACCGAGGUCGACAAUGACAGGCGCUAUUGCGAUAUGGUAUAUAAUCCAGGUUCUCAGCUCGGUCAAUCCGCACACUCGCUACCGACCGUCUUCUGCUCUUCCUACCCGCACGAGAUGCUUAAAGUGCCACAGACGGCCAGCCAGCGUUCAAACAACAUAUGGAGCUGGUCCAUCACAAUCAUAUGCCUACGCGAGCAUUAUGUGCAUCCGCCACAACGAAGACUAAAGGGCGCACCAAGAGCAAUCGCUGCAAACCUGCAAUACGCAGGGCUAUGUAAAGACGACAAUCAGUGCACAAUCAUGAAUCACGACAAGAGAAGUGCCGCAGGACAUGCUGACGCGCUUCCCACCGCCGAGACAUCCGGCGCUCCCCGUACAAGCUCAGGCGGCCACGCUCGUCCGCGGUAGCCAACAGGAUGGAAACAUUAUACCGACCACUGCGGACGACACGGCCGACGGGCCAAUCAAGUGCAAGGUCUGUGGAAAGGUAUACGCACAAAAGCAAAACCUGAACAGACAUGCGCAGACCACGCACCUGGGUGGGAUAUCGAGACAUGACGCAUUGAAGCGUCAUCUCGAUAACAUCCACAAGCUAUCGGAUUUGGAGGCAAAAGAGGACAUCGCGCUCGGAGCGGCCGGCAACGAUCCUCACCAAGUGAAACGCGAACGUUACGCUCGCCACAGCUCUAUACCAGGAGUCUCCCACUGCCCGGCAUCGUGACAUAACACUGGUUUAUCAAAUUGGCGACAUCUUCUGCAUCCGCGAGUCCCCAAGGACUCCCUUCGAGAAGAUUUUCGAAGACCGCAUACAACCAAUC